AACAGAGAGAGGAAAAAAGGCUCAGUAGCGGCGAUGGCGAGCGGCGGCGGUUUGAUGACGAAGAAGGAGCUCGGCGAGACCCACGACGUCCUCCGCUUUGGCGUCAACAAUAGCGUCCAUGGCGACCUCGCGCUGGCGCACCUCGUCCAGGCCACCAUCAAGGAGGCCAAGUUCUGGGAUAAGAAGAAGAAGUUUGGGACCGAGGCCAUCUACGGAUCGACCUUCAACAUCCGCAAGGAUCUCGACACCCAGAUCCUCUCCAGUCUAUUCCCCACCUCUCCUGCAGUCAGCCACAGAGAUGUUUGGCCUAAAUCCUGA